UUAGCUUGGUGCCGGUGGUUGUUGCUACGAUGCUAACAUUUCUGGCUAUAUGAGCUUGAAUAGGCUACUAGAAGCAUUGCUAAGUAAAGAAUGUGUAAUGCUUGUGUCGUCGCUAUUUAGUUAUUGAACAUUUCUGACUAGUAGUCUAAUAAUUCUAGUCAGUGAGGUUCAAUCAGGCCAGGAAUUUAGGGCUGGGAUGUUUUACUUUACUUUUGAAUAGCUUGGUUCAGUAAGCUGUGGCCAAUGUAGGCUCCCCGUCUCCACGAUUUUGUUGUAGGAGUCUGCAUUUUUCUCUUGUUCGGCUAGAAACAGACAAGGUUAAGGACUACCUGCAGAGUUGAGGAUUGCCGGUCCUUUUUAGAAUAAUAAGCAAGUUCGGUGAAAAUUAAUCAAAGAAAAAGCUAAAGAAAGGGAUACAAGUGCAGGAAGUGCUUCGGAUAGCUCAAGAUUUGUGCUAAUUGAUAAGUUAGUCACAAACAACUUUAUUUACUGAAACCAGUGUGGCUAUGGAAUGUGGGUUUUAGAUGCUUUGAAAAUUUUAGACAACCUCAUUGGAUGUGAUAUUUGUUGUUGCGCUCUUCAUUCCAAAAAACAAUAUUUAGGAGCCGGAUGGUCUCGUCGAUCUCUGACUGGCUGUGGAACUAACUCACCAACUAUACAAAUGCCACGCUAUUAUAAUAAAAGAUAUGAAGGCAGGGAGGGGAGACGAACCUGAAGUCAGAAGCAUCUCCCAUGUUGUACACAACUACCCAAAUCAGAGCAUGAUCUGUGUUGCAGAGAAGCUACUACUGUGGUGGCACAACAACUUGUACUGCUAUUGGACCCAAAAAACAGAGGGAGAAAUGCUAAGCAAAGGAGCCAGCAAAUCAGACUUAGUUCAGAGGACCAACAACCAUGCACCUUUGUGACAUGGGUGGCUGAUGAGGACCAGGUCAAGGAGAAGAGUUGUCUUGGUCGGUGUCCAGCGGCAGCAUGUUGGUAGGGCCCCUAUUCCAGUGCCAAGUAUCAACUUGUAGACUCGUCAGAGUGAAUCGUAAUGUUACUUCUACUGACCAUGGAAAAGGUGCAGCAGCCUUCGAGUCAAUCAGCUCGUGCAGGAAUGGUUCAAAAGCCCAUUCAUUCAGAGCCGACACAUGGACAACAAUACAAGCAUUUUUCUGGAGAGGAGACCUUCAACUCAUUUCGAGCUGAACCAAGAACACAGAUUGAUGCAGCAAGGACGCUACUAAUUGAGCCUCCUAAUCCUUCAGUCCGUAGGGAUGAGUCACAUACUGAACCUGUCCAAGGAACUCUUGCCAGGCCUGGCAAGAGGACACAAAUUGAUGCAGCAAGGACACUACAAAAUGAGCUUCCUAAUGCUUCAAUCCACAGGGAGGAGUCACAUACUGAACCUGUCCAAGGAAAUAUUGCCAGGUCUGGCAAGAGGACAUAUAGAUUUGUAUUUGGUCCAAAAUCGUGGCAAGAAGGAAAUGUCCAGAAAGAGCAGCCUAACCAGGUUGUCCAUGCAUCACAUGCUCAAGUUAUGCCCACAGAGUCUUCAGUUCAUACAAACCAGGCAGUAGGAAGGUUUCCUGAUGACCCAAUUCCGAUUCACAGCAAGCAGAUAACUGAACAUGUGGAUGUCCCUAGUGCUACCGAGCAUGGGCAGAUUCGUUCUCAGCAUCAAGUUGUCCAUGAACAGCAGGCAGGUGAAAAUCCUAUUGACACAGUCCACAUGGAGCAGGAAAAGGUGGACUCUGCUUGCAAGCCAUCAAGCGAAAAUAGGAAGAGCGCCGAAAAUACUAAAGGAAAUCAUAAGAGGAAAAACAGUAAUUUGAUAAAUGUCCACGCAUCACAGGCACAAGUAAUGCCCACUGAGUCUUUGGUUCAUAUAAAUCAGGCAGACGGAGGGUUUCCUGAUGACACAAUUCCAAAGCACGGCAAGCAGAGAACUGAACAUGUGGCUGUCCCUAGUGCUAUCGAGCAUGAGCAGGUACGUUCUCGGCAUCAAGUUGACCAUGAGCAGCAGGAAGGUGAAAAUCCUAGUGACGGAGUCCACAUGGAGCAGGAAAAGGUGGACUCUGUCUGCAAGCCAUCAAACAAAAAUAUAAAGAGCACCGAAAAUACUAAAGGAAAUCGUAAGAGGAAAAACAAGAAUUUGAUGAAUUCUUCUAAUGAGCGGCCUCAGCUUAGGCGCAGUAAACGCCUGUCAAAGGGAUCAUCACCAGACCUUAUUGAUGUUGAGCCUAUCCAGAAGUUAGAUGCUUCCCCCCAUCAAAAUCAUUCAGAAGCUCCACAGAUUGAGAGUAGCAUAGCUGAUCAAACACUCUCUCCAGAGACUGGGUGGGCACUUCCUAAUCCUGGUUCUAGUUCAUCUCAUGAGCAUGAGAUUCCCCAAAAAAGCUUUAAUGGGAUUGACCAGCUUGAUGGAAGUGAUGAGGAAGUACAUUCAAGUCCAUCAGAUGGUCAAAAUCAGUAUAUGGAUGGACAAGUGGCAGAAGCAGCUUGCAGUGGCAAGAACCACUCGGAGCAGGUUCGACUCAAGCCUCACAGCAAGAAUUUUGCAGAGCAUGGCAGGCCGAUAAACUUGGCUGCUUCAUGCAGCCGCCUUGCUGCCUUGUUGCCUGUUCCAGCUUCCGCUACUUUGCCCACUAUUUCCUCGCUUUCUUCACCUGAAAAGCUACCACCUCAGUGCAGCAGUCCAAUAACACCGCAUAACCAACCACGAGCAGUUAUAUAUUCCCAGGAUGCACAGUGUGAUGAUAUGCUAUCAGGAUCUCUUAGCAAGUCAUCGAAAAAGCGCAAGGGGCGUGGCCCUUCAUUGCUAGUGGAACCACGCGAAGAAGCUGAUAGGCCUGUGUUGACGCCCAGUGGUACAGACAACUGGAGUGUCCACCCGCCGUUUCCUAAGAAGGUAGCAACUACCAUCUCCCUUCUUAUCAAGCAGAACUAUCCUGGGACCUGUAUUUCAGUGGAUGACGAGGGAAGAUCCUGUGAGGUUGUGGUUCACUAUUGGCACCAAUGCCCUCCAGAUGUAAGGGCUACCGUGUUGGAUGAAUUCCUUAAACGCUACAAGUGGGCCCCUGGCCACGAAGAGGAGUGCCAGAAGAUCUUUGAGCGCAAAGCAGUUAGACAGUUAGUUAACCUCUUUUGCUAUGAGAAGCAAAGGGUUAGAGAGGAGUUGGCAGCAAAGAAGUUCAAAGGAUCUACGGUGGUUGGUAGGGCCAAUGGAGAAUUAGAAAAGGGAGACGAUAGAGAAGAUUCAGAGGAACGACAGGGAGAUGGGUCCGUUGUGUCGAUUGACCAUGAUGAUCCACUGAAUUGGAAACCGUUUGUCCCUGAUUGGAUGCAACCAUCAUGGUGGGAAAUGUUGUGUGACCAUUGGGCCCAAGACGAAUUUAUGAAGGUUUCUUACCAAAAGAGAAAGAAUCGGAAUGCAGGAGGCCACCCCUCUGCUGCUGCAGGCUCACAAAUCAUAGCAAUGCACCAGCACCCUAAGGAUACCACAUCCUGGCAUGCUGAGGAGGCCAGAGAUCCUCUGCUAGGCCCCCAUCCUGUGCAAGAGCAGGUGGGUAGCUCGAAGCGUGGGAGGUACCAAGGUACUCCUGUUGCCAGCAAGAAGGCCCAGACUGAUUCAUCGUCAAAAUCCUCCCCAGAUUUCUUGAGCAGACAGGGACAAGAGCCAAGAUUCACACAGGAGCAGGUGCAGCUGAUGAUUAACCAAGCUCUACAAGGACUGAAUGAAACUUGGGAGAAGAAGUUUCUGUCCUUGGAGCAAAACAUGCGCAGCGUGCCCUCGGCACGUGCUGUUCCUGUCGGUGCUAAGACUAGGUCAGCUGUGGCUGUUGCAAGGGACAAGCGAUGCCAGAUUUCACGGCAGGACACAUUUGAUUCGGCGGAGGGAGAGGAAGAUCCAGACGACGGCGAGGAGCAGGAUGAUGUGCGUUGGAGUUAGACCCAACGCGCCAACGCGGGCCUCCUGUUGUGGCUCAGAUUUUGUCUAUCGGAGGACGGUGCGUCUGCACGGGAGCAAUCAAUCAGCCCCGCGUGCGUGCAGCUCAGGGUGUAAAUCAUGUGCGAAUCCCUUUGACCCAGUUAGAUCAUGUGCAUAUGUUUUCAAAGUCGUCGCUCUGAACUCGCUUCUCCGACGCGGCUUGCGGUGGCCGUGUUGGUUUGUUUGGCGCGGAGGCGUCUGGCGUCGUGACCUUCGCUUUACCGCCGGCCAUCACGCGGUGCGGCACGCCACCUGCGCGUGGCCACGCGCUGGCGGCCCCGUCCGUCGUGGGCAACGUGACGCCUGUCUGCCUGACCCGGUUUCCCUGCAUCCUCCUGCUCGCUCGUGUCGCCGGUCUUUGGACAUAAAAUAAUCCGGCGCUGUAGUUCGUCAGCCGCGUUUCAAUAAGAUAGAUCAGAAUGAUUAGUUCCUAGGUUUGGCGUUGGAUCGUCUCAUCAUCCAAUCCAGUAGCUCUUGGCGUCAAAUCACCGGCAGCGAGACGGAGAAGUCCAUCCACCCAUAUUCAAAAUCUUGAACUUCCGCCCUCCGUUCCCAAGCCCUGGCAUCUCGCACCUCCCAACUCUCGAUACUACGAGACCAACCAGAAUUCGAGCGCUAGCUUUGUAGCUUUACGACGAUGUGGAGCGGCAGCCCGAGCCAAUCAGCCGAUUCGGUCGGCCACGGCCAAGGGAGGCCGCCCAACCACCCGUCGUCGGUCGGUUGCGGUCGCAGCCUUGCAGGUGUAAAAGAGACCUGUCGGCGUGGUCAGACAAAAAGCGAAUCGGGUCCGCGAGCGACCGCACAGCGCGCCGGGGCGGAAAGCCACGGCGAACGGGGAGACGGCGACGUCACGGCGGGCCCCGCGCGGCGCCGGCCGCCGAUCCACGCCCCACUAUAUUAAAUUUCAUAAACAAGUGCGGAUAUCCCAUCCAAUCCACUGGCCGAGCGGCGGCCGGGCGCACACGCGUGUGGAACGGGGAACCCCGGGGGCCCCCACCGCCACACGGCUCCCCACCUCGUCCGCCCGCCGCCGCCCCCGCAGUCGUGUCCGUGCCCACCCGUUUGGCCGCCUGCGUGCGGUGCUCGACCGCGUUGACAUGUGGACGCCGCAACGGUGGACGCGCGCGCGCGAUCCGGGAGGCGCGGGGAGCGCGACACGGACACGGACGGUGUGGAAACUUGGUUGCGGUGGGCGACGCGGGCGGUGGGACUUCUGGGAUCUGCGUGCGGUGUGCGCUGUGCGGGGUGCGGGGACGUGACGCAACCCGGCACCCACCACCCACCGCGGCGAGCGGCGAGCGGCGUGGGCUGCCUCGGCCCCGAAAGCAGGCGGCUGGAGCGAUUCGUGAUCCGCUGCGGUGGACGACGUGCGCGCUCCAGGGGCGCUGGAGUGAGCGCACCGAAUGUGAGUGCCAUAUGACGCCGAGCGAGCUGCGUCCUAGAGCAAAACCAAUUUCGUUGCAUGUUCUUUUUUUAAAAAAAAAUAUCGUUGCAUGGUUUGGUAGGUA